ACCUCGGUGAGGAUACGGGGAUUUCUUCGCCGGCUAACGGCUGAGCUGCGGGUUAUGCAUGUGUCCUCGCCUGCUGUCAUCCCGGUAAACCGGUUACACAAGUCGGUUAGUCUGCUGUUACGGGAGCCGGCAGAGGAGUCACCACGGCUAAUGCACCGAGACUGAAACCACCUCUCAGCGGCUGCCAAGGGGUUGUGGUGCCAUGAUGAAGAACGUCAUGGAAGUCCUCUUUUUGUUGAUGCUGCUUUUUACAGUGCACGCAAAGGAAAAAAGCUACAACCCACCAGAGAAGCCCGCACUGACUAGAUGUCGUUCUCCUGAAAAAGAGACGUUUACAUGCUGGUGGGAGCCAGGCUCUGAUGGGGGUCUGCCAACUACCUACGCCCUGUAUUAUCGCAAAGAAAACUCCGAGACAGUGUACGAGUGUCCCGACUACCACACAGCUGGAGAGAACUCCUGCUUCUUCAACAAGAACGACACGUCCAUCUGGGUCAACUACAACAUCAGCGUGGUGGCUGCCAACGCUCUGGGAAGGGCCUUCUCCGAUCCAGUGGACAUAGAUGUGGUUUAUAUUGUCAAGCCUAAUCCUCCAGAGAAGCUGAAAGUGGCUGUAAUGGAGGAUAAGGGCUGGCCCUUCCUCCGGGUGUCAUGGGAACCACCACAUAAAGCUGACACCCGCUCCGGUUGGAUCACCCUUAUCUACGAGCUCCGCGUCAGGCUGGAGGAGGAGGAUGACUGGGAGAUGCACCUUGCAGGCCAGCAGAAGAUGUUUAACAUUUUCAGCCUGCGCUCAGGUGGGAAAUAUCUCGUUGAGGUGCGCUGUAAACCCGAUCACGGCUUUUGGAGUGAAUGGAGUUCCACUUCCUACAUCAAUGUUCCUGACUAUUUCCCUCGAGAGAAGUCAAUGUGGAUCCUCGUUGCAGCCUUUUCUGCCUUCAUCUUCCUCAUCCUCACAUGGUUGCUGCACAUGAACACUCACAGACUGAAGCACUGCAUUCUGCCGCCAGUUCCUGGUCCUAAAAUUAAAGGAUUUGAUAAACAGCUUCUCAAGAAUGGCAAGUCUGACGAGUUCUUCAGCGCUCUGGUGGUGCCAAAUUUUCCUGAGGCCUCACCAUCUAAAUACGAGGACAUGCUGGUGGUGGAGUUCUUUGAGGUUAAGGAGCAGGAGCUGAUGCUGGAGGAGAGCAACGAUCUACUUGACGGCGGCCUUAAAUAUGAGAGCUCCAGAUCAGAUAGCGACUCAGGCCGGGGCAGCUGCGACAGCCACACUCUGCUGCUGGAUAAGUGCAGAGAGGCAAAAGAAGAGAGGCAAACAAAUCGGGAUGGCAGUCUGAUAGAGAAACAGAUCCGCCAAAAGGACCGGAAGGAGGAAGCUAUCAGCCCAGACAUUUCCAGUGGGAGGGUGAAGACCUGGCCUUCUUUGUAUUCUCCACUGCCUCAAUAUGGCUCAAACCCACUGGACAAGCAGAGCUCACUGGAGAUGGCCAAACAGCAUUCCCUCUCCAUAUCGUCUUUCCUCACCCAGCCUGGCACCAAGGACGCUCUUGGAUUGAGCUACAUGGACUUCUGCUUGAGCAACAAGCAAAAUCAUGUCCAUCCCCAGACACAGGUCCAAACCCGGAGCAAUGUAAACAUCUCCAACAUCGGACACAAACACGCCCCUGCUGGUCUGCAUUCGCCCACCACACAGUAUGUUGAAGUCCAGAGGGUCAACAAGGAGGAUAUGGUACUCUUGCAGCCAGUUUUGUCCAGGUGUGGUCUCAUCGAAGAUUGCCCCCACCUGCCCAAGGGGGAGGACUACAGCAAAGUGAAGGGGGUGGACUAUGAUAACAGGCUACUGCUGCAGAGAGAGGGGACAGGAGAAGACAUGUGCAGUGGUAUGGACCAGGAGACGAAUGGAGAAAGAGGGAACUGCUACACAACAUCCACAGUUAGCAUUAUGCAGAAGCCUACAGCCUGCAUUUACACUGUCAUGCCAAUUCAAGAGGGAAUGGCCCUGACACUGAAUGGUUAUGUUGACACUGCCAAUAUGGGCAACCUGCCAUCCUGCUAAAGGUCCCAUAAGGUCAAGCACUUUGCCAGAUCUGUUUUAGGCCAAGACUAAGACUAUAAACACUAAACACUGGAUUACCUUUAUUUACUUGAUGAAUAAUAAUCUUUAUUCAACGUUAUGAAGAAUAUGUCUGAUUGCAUUAAUGACGUGGUUUCUAUAUUCUUUCAUAAUUAAUUAUAUAAUUACUAUUAUAUUUAAUAUGUCAUACAUAUUUGUCUCCUCUCAGGCACGUUUCAUUAACUUUUUUUAAUGUCUUUCAUAAAAUACUUGAUCUACACUGGUGUAAUCUCUGAAAUUCAAAUUAUUUGUGUGGAAUCAAAAUGUCAGAAAGCACCAAUAUAAAAUGUUUGAUUUUAAUGUAUAUAAUGUAUUUUCUCUGCUCCCUGUAUAACACUGCACCUAAAGACAUUUGGGUGGCCUAGAGCGCCCCCUGCUGGUCAGAGUGAAUCAUAUUUUUUUAAAUAUAAUCAGAUAAAACAUAUUUUUACCA